AUGAGAAUCGCUCGUUGGCUAUUGAGAAGAGGCACCGAACAUGUCGGCCUGGUGCUAGGGAACGAUGCAUCUGGGAAGACAACGUUCCUAUACAAACUAUUGUUUGGAGAAAUUGUCCAGACAAUUCCGACCAUCGGCUUCAAUGUUGAGACAAUAGAAUAUCCAGAUGGAGACAAAAUCACACUAUGGGAUGUCGGAGGAUGCGAUAUGAUCCGACCCCUCACUCGACAUUACAUGCUCAAUGAUCGCUUUAUCAUUUUCAUUCAGAGCUGCGAAGACUUGGAUCCCGAUCGAGUUGAGUUCUCUCUCGAGUAUCUGCGCAUGGCGAUGGGAAUGAUGGAGAGCUUUGGAGCGAAGAACAUGUUUAUCCUAUUCAACAAGCAGGAUAAUCUCUCGACUGAGGAAGCAACCAAAGUCGUCGAAGAUCUCAAGUCGCAGAUUGAGAAAGAAAUCAAGCCUUAUGAAGACAAGCUCGACAUCAGGAUAUUGGACUAUCCUGGCUUGAGCGCGUUGCAUGGCACACAUUUACAUGCCGCCAUGGAAGAGAUCAGAACGACACUGAAACCUGCGAAGCCAACCCAGAAUGUCAAAGCUGAGAUUGAACAGAAGGAGGAAGGCCCGAGUGAAGAUGAACUCAUUAAUCGAGUCAGACAAGAAAAUGCCCGAAGCGUCGACGCGCAAACGUUUUGGAAGAGUUUCUUGGAUGGUAGUCUCGAGCCCUGGGAUCAUUAUACCCAUCUUCGAGCAGGUUUUUUCGUUAUGCGCGAUUGCUUCGCCAGGGGAUUGGGUCUUUUGGAUUGUGCCGAAGAGUUUAUGGCCCAUUUGAAUCGACUGAGGCAGGGCAAUCCAGAAAGAUUUCGCAACACUGCGCACAGGACAAUGACCAUCUUUUGGCUACACCAGAUUCAGGUCGCUGCCAUCGAGUAUCAAGCGAAUAAAUCAUCCGACAAAUUUCCUGAACAGGAAGAGUAUGCAGAUAUCGUCUUUUCAGCGCCUCAUCUUAUGAACUCUGGUCUAUGGAGGGCUUAUUACACCAAAGACUUGCUCUUUACGCCUCAAGCUAAGGCAGAUUGGCAUCUGCCUGACAUCCAACCUCUGCCUACAAUUAGCCAAGUCACUGAACGACCACAACAGCAAAUGGCCGACAAUGAUACUGAUCGACUAACUCGAUUUGCCUUUUCCGUUGUCCAAAAGACGCUGUCGUCUAAAUUGAGACGCGGAGGAAUUGUGAAGCAAGCCCUUGAAGCUUUGCAGUCAUCUACCAUGCGCCUUCGCGCCUCAGACUCUUCCAUACCUCCAUACUCCGAGACGCAGGCGUAUUUCUGGAUUCAGAUUAUCCACGCCUACCUCGGGUCUUUACAAAUCCAAGACUCUUCCCGAGAAAGCCGCUUCAGCGGAUCACCUAAAAGUCUGACCUUUGAAGCCUUUAAAUCUCUAUUUGACAUAACAGGUGACGAGUGGCGUCAGUACUACUCGCAAUCUAUAUGGGAGAGUAUCCCAGCUCGAAUGAGUUUCGUGAAUCCUGAUAAGAAAGCUCUACCGAAUAUCUUUGGUAUGCCUUCGCAGGCUAGAGUGGAUCUCGCUCAUUCAAAAAUGGUUAAUGCGAUAAGUCAUCGCUUCGAUAAACACCCAGGCCUGCCACCUCGUGAGGACAUGGACUUUCUAGCAGCUGUGUUGAUCUACGAAGCCAAGCUUAUGCCCGAGUCCGAACUCAACGUCGCUAGCCACGCAAGUCUCUUAAGCUUUCUUUUCAAUCGUAUUUCCGGCAAAAGAGAGUCUGCUAUUGAAGAAGUCAAGAAAAGUCCUACCUCGCUUGCCUCGUCCACGGCAUUGGAGGUUGCUCAAAGGAUUGGCUUGACGCAGAGUACGUUUUGGGUGCAACGGGUCCAGAUUGAGUUGGCAAGAAACAAGGACAUUGAAACGUUUGAUGAGUUUGUCAGAGCGAACUCGUACUUGGCAUUUGAGGAUCUGCCAUUUGCAUACUACUCGCCUCAACUGUGGGAGAGUGCUGAGGCGAGGGAGGCUUAUGUGCCGCCUGAUAGACAGUCGGUUUCUAGUAUUGUUGCAGGGAAGAUUUGA